AUGCUGCUGGGGAGCGGGAUUCAGUCGUUUGUUUCCGAGAAGCUAGCUGGAAGAGAUGCGAUGGAGGGAGGUCGAUCGAUGAAGGGGAGGCCGAGCUUCGUCUGCGAGCUUCUCAUAGGAUGCGGCGACCAUUUGUUUCCGAGCAGCCGCAGGAGGAGAUGCGGCGGUCGAUCGAUGAAGGGGAGGGCGAGCUGGAGGAUAUGCGUCGGCGAUUGGAGGAGUGCGUCGGCGAGCUGGAGGAGAUGCGGCGGUCGAUCGAUGAAGGGGAGGCCGAGCUGGAGGAGAUGCGUCGGCGAUCUGGAGGAGUGCGGCGGCCGAGCUUCUCGUGGGAUGCAGCGGCGUUUGUAUGGAGUGGAGGAAGGAGUUCGAUGGAGCUUGGAGGAGACUGCUGGGGAUAGGGUUUUCAAUGCCAAAAACGACAUCAAGGGCUGCGUGUAG